UCUGUAACAAUCGCUUCCUGCGGAGGUUUAGCCUGAGGGAUUUGCAAGAUGCUGGAAAUGUUCUGGUUCUACUAAACAGUUUGCAGGACACACAGAUGGAUCUACACACUAAAAACAUGGCCGACAUUUUGGAAAAUGAUCAGUUUUUCAAAACAUCUUGGCCACAGGCUGAAGACCAAUCCAGACCUCUUCCAAUAAAAGCAAGGCCUGCCUGGAAGGAUGUGAAGAUCAACAACCUGGAAUAUGAUAAUGGAUUAAUGGUGACUCACGUCAAUCAAACACAGGAUCUUCUGAGACUGAAAGGCACAGAAGACAGGAUAAAGGAAAUGCAAUCAUCGGAAGAAUGGCUGCACUCUCUGGGCAUAGUCUCCAUGCAACUAACAAUACAAGAUCUUCUGAACAUGGGGCAUAUCGUAAUGAAACCUGCUAAAAAGGGCGCCAAACAUCUUGAAUUCUCUACCCACACAAUUAAUGAAUUUGAAUCUAAGCUACAUGAGGCUAUUGAUCUGUAUCAGAAAAGAAUCAACUGGAUUAUGGAAGGCAGCAGGAAGAUGUUUGGCCUUAUAAAAGGAAACAGUGUUGGACUGCUUAUUGAGUCAUCAGAUCUAAACAGUGGGCCUCGAAGACUUGAUUUUCUUAGAGGACUCUUGUGCCUUGUAGAUGAACAGCUUUGCUACAAGAAACAGCUUUUUCUUCUCUCCUUUGGAACUGAGGUCCACAGUCUCUGGGAGUCUGCCAAAGAUGUUAACAUUCGCCUUCUUCAUGAAACCAGACAGUGGAUACAGGAGCUACAGCCUCAAGGUGGAUGCAAUUUGCUACGCGCACUGAAGAGGGUGCUGCAGGUCCAAGAACUGGAUUCUCUUGUGAUUGUUGUAAGCAGCUGUCCUGACCAAACAGAAGAGGCGUUAUCUGACUACAUCCAGCAAUGCACUAUUGGGAGAACUAUACAAAUCCACAUUAUUGCGUUUGACAGUCUGGGCCAGGGUACCCUACGAAGCUUAGCAGGGGCAGUCGGUGGCCGGUUCCAUUGCUACUCUUCGGGGAAAGAACAUGAGAUUUACAGCAGCACUGAUAUUCAGUUAUUGCUAAAUGAGAUCCAAGCAGCUAUAAAUGUCCUUAACCAGAUUAAGGAGAUGCGUCAUGGAAUGCUGGGAGAUUCCCUCAUCAGUAUAAUGCAGGAGUUAUCCACGGAACUUGAAAAGGUUUCACCUUCUGCCUUUCUUCCUAAACCUCCAAACCACGAUGGUCCUCUGAACAUAGAGAUUCCUAACUUUUCACCAAAGACUUCAGCAGAAUGGCUCAAGAAAAAUGGUUUGAAAGCCAAGAAAUUGAGCCUGUAUCAGAUAUUAGCUCCCAAUGCAUAUUCUCUUGUUGAGGAAUUUGUACCCAUCCUUCAGAAGACUGUCUCAUCAACUCUUCAUGAGAGGGCGAUGAUGCAGUUUGAAUGGCAUGAUGGCACUGUAAAAAAUAUUCAUGUGGAUCCGCCAGUUCUUCGUGAAUAUCAGAGGCAGCUCGCUAAAAUGGCAAGAACAUAUGAGAAAAGAAUAGAUUGGCUUACAAAUGGAAGCAGACGACUGUGGGGAGCUGUCUGUGAAAAAAGGGUUGUGUUGCUGGUGGACAUAUCUCUUUCAAACUCAAUGCACAUUAUUCAUAUCCAACAUUCUCUGAGGCUUUUGCUUGAGGAGCAAAUGUCAAAUAAGGAUUUAUUUAACAUUAUAGCAUUUGGAAGUGAGAUUACUUCAUGGAAGUCAGAAAUGGUUCCUCCAACUGCAGAAAACUUGCAGCGUGCUUGGAAAUGGGUGCUAAGCUUAAAUUGCGAAGGGGGUAGAAAUGUCCUUGGAGCAAUGAGAAGAGCAGUGGAAGUCAACUUUAUUGAUAACGAGAAUCAAGAGUCCCAAGGCAUCUAUUUAUUUACUAGUGGUGUUCCAGAUCAGGAUUUGCAUACAGUUUCGGCUUACCUGUCAGAAGCAACUAGCGGCUCUGAUUUGCAACUUCAUGUUUGCCUGUUCAGUGUGGGGGAAAUGAAUGUGGAAGAUCUCACAGAAGACACUAAUAACACAACUGGCAUUUUGAAAGACUUGGCACAUAUUUCUAAUGGAAGGUUCCAUUGGUUUGAUGAGAAAGGUCUGAUUGAGAGUGAUGACAUUAGUUUUCUUAUAUCAGAGAUGGAAAAAGCCAUGAACUAUUCAAGCAAGUGUGCUCUCCUUGUUGAAUCAUUAAAACAGCGCUCAGGAAUUAAGGAGGAAGUUAUAAGUGAAGGGGAAAUUAUCACUUUCCCAAAAGAAAAAUACAAGCUGCAGAAAUUGCCCCUUCCUAGACCAACUGCUCUGACACUUGCUAGAAUGGGUGCCAAGGAAGACCAGGAAGGCAAAAAGGAUCUAAAAGUACUGAUGUGGCGUCCAAACAGUGCCAAAGCUGAAAUUCCUCCAGCUCAACCGAUGAAAGAUAGGCUUCAAACAUCUACAGAAAAAAAGGUGAAUGGAAAGAAACAAUCCAAAAUGUCCUUCGAUGUAUUUUAUACUGAAAAUGGAAAAAAUGUUGGUGUUGUAUACAAGGACUACCCAGCCACAAAGACAGUGAGGAAGUCUGUACCCUUUAUUGUGCUUCCCAAAGAAGAAGAAUUCUGUUCAACCAAACUGUGGCUGAAAAAAUACAGUUUGAAAAAGCUGAAGUUGGAGCUACCCAAGCUGAUGUUUGGUCCAGACUGCACUCAUCAAAAGAAAAUGGUGCCAACCUUACAUAAGAAGGUUUCUGCGAAAUACUGCACCAUAUUCCCCAGCAUAGAGGUCAAUGGAGUAGUGAGACACCUCCAGUUCCAGCCUAAGGAGCUUGAUGAAUAUGUCGAUCAGGUUGAGAAACUGCUGCGUCGUUACCUUCAGCGGAUGCAAUGGCUUUUGUCUGGAAGUCGUCGAGUCUUCGGCACUAUUCUAGAGUCAAAUGUCUGCAUACUAAUCGAUGCAUCGAGUUCCAUGGCUCCUUUUUUCUCUGAACUGCAAAAGGCGCUGACAUCAGUUUUGUGGGAACAGCUUAGGACAAGAAGCAUUCGGUUUAACAUGAUCAGCUUUUCAGAAAGCAUAGACUGCUGGCAAGAGUGUUUAGUGUUGGCCACAGAUGAAGCUUGCCAGGAUGCCGUACAAUGGCUAGCCAGUCUAAUUCCUCAAGGCAACACAUGCAUUUUCCAUGCUUUACAGCGAGGGUUUGAAUUUGCAGAUGUGCAAGGCCUAUAUCUCCUAACUGAUGGAAAGCCAGACACCAGUUACCAUCUUUUGCAGACCGAAAGCCUUAUAAAAUCUCAUAAGCCCAAAGUGCACACAAUUUCUUUUAACCCCUCUGAGAGAGGUGGAAAUGAAUUUCUGCGCACUCUGGCUUCUCUAUCUGGCGGGCGCUUCCAUUCCUGUCAUGGAGAUAGGGAUGGACACUAUGUGGCGCACCGAAUGCUGACUGAAGGCUUCACAGAUGAAGAUGACCCUGUCCUGCCAGUAUUUGAAGGAGACGAUUUAAAAAGACUCGCCAGAGAAAUAAACAAGGCUCGACAAUUUGUAACACAAGCAAGAUCCUUCAGAUCGCUUAUAGAAGAAAAACAGAAACUGAGCUCUAAAGAUGUAUCUCUGGAAGGCAGCAGGCUCUGUGAUAAUGGAGAUGAGCUCAGCACAGGAAGUGCUGUUUAGCAAGUGUCUGAAUUGAUGUUUUGGAAUCUGAACAAAUGAAUGUGCUGUGAAUAUGUAUAUUGCAAAAUAGUGACAAGAACACUGAAUAUAUGAAUUCAAAUCCAUUAUUUUAUUUGUACAGUUGUUCUGCAACAUUUUAAAUAAAUUAUUAUUUUUUUUAAUCGA